ACAGCGCCCCUGGCCCCAUCUCGCCGCUGCCAACCCACCUGCUUCCCGAGUCAGCACUGCGGACAGGCACCCUCGACCGGCCCCGCCGCGGACUCAGAGCGGUCAGCUCCCCCGGAAUAUGGCCACUGAGGUCCACAACCUGCAGGAGCUCCGGCGAAGUGCCUCACUAGCCACCAAGGUCUUCAUCCAGAGAGACUACAGCGAUGGGACCAUCUGUCAGUUCCAGACCAAAUUCCCCCCAGAGCUGGACAGCCGGAUUGAGCGGCAGCUCUUCGAGGAGACUGUGAAGACCCUCAACAGCUUCUACGCAGAGGCCGAGAAGAUUGGGGGCAGCUCCUACCUUGAGGGGUGUCUGGCCUGUGCCACGGCCUACUUCAUCUUCCUCUGCAUGGAGACCCACUACGAGAAGGUUCUCAAGAAGAUCUCCCGCUACAUCCAGGAGCAGAAUGAGAAGAUCUUUGCUCCUCGAGGCCUCCUUCUUACGGACCCUGUGGAGCGUGGGAUGAGGGUUAUCGAGAUCUCCAUCUACGAGGACCGGUGCAGCAGCGGCAGCUCCAGCAGUGGCAGCAGCAGUGGCAGUGGCAGCAGCAGUGGUGGGGGUGGUGGGGCGGGGGCCCGGUGACUGGCCGAGAGUCCCUGCAGGGAGGUGUACAGCCGGACUGAGGGUCUUGCAGACCUGCGGCGGCUACGCUACCAGAGCACCCGCUUCUGAGUCAUUCUCUGGGCCCGCCUGCUGCUGGGGGCGGGAGGGAGGGUAACUAGCCCAGUGUUCCUGCAGGCCAUCAACUGGCACCUCCUGCUCCUCGCCCCCUGGCAGGAUGGCACCCUUCCUGGCCUUGCUCUUUCCUGACGGGGCUGGUCUGGGUUACAUGGUGCCAGAUAUUCUGAGGGGAGGCUUGGGGUGAGGACAACGCAAUUUGGUUUUCUUCUGCAGCUCUUCUCCCAACACCCUGGAGUUGGGCCCAGGUCUAUCACAUAGAGAAUUCCCAUCCUGCAUGAUUCCUCAACCCAAAUCCCACAUUCCCCAGGACUGUCCCCUUGGGCCCCUGAUCCUCAUGGCCGUCUCCCAGUGUCUGCUCUUCCUGAUGCCACCACAGGACCUCUACCUAUCCAUGAUCCUGCCUCCGAGGAAUUCGAGGUCUGGGGAGAUGGGAGUGGUCAACUUACGGGCGCCGCGGUGGGGAGCUGUUCAGCCCCCUUCUGACCUCUUCUAGACUGUGGCUUUCCUGUCCUCCAUCCAAAGCCUGGAGGCCAUCUUGGCCUCGCCAGAAAGUGUCCAACUCCUGAGACUUUGCAGGUCACCAGGCACUGGCAGUGGGGCACACAGCCUGCGGCUCUGGAAGGUUAUACAGGGGUCUGGAGAAAUGCUCGUAGGGAGAUGUAGCCUUGAGGGGUUUGAACCUCCAGAACUGGAUCCAACUUCCUGAGAUUAGAACCCGCGUGUGUCUGAGAAUGUGUGUGUGCAAAGGCAGGCACGUGUGCAAGCACACAUAUAGGAGCACACUAUGUGCAUGAGUGCAUGUGUGUAUAUGUAGGGGUGUGUGUGCAGGUGUGUGCAUGAGUGCACGUGUGAAUGCAGUGUGUGAGUGCAGGUGUGCAUACGUGUGAGUGCAGGUGUGAGUGAGAGUGCACGUGUACGUUCCUUUGGCUGCUAGGCCGAUGACCACCCCUCUCUGCAGCUGGUCUUAUUUUCCUACGUGAUGAUCUGUGGCUCCUCCUCUGCGUGAGUCCAGCCUGAUCGCCCUGUAAAUAAAUGUCCUAAUGCCCUUCGCCCCUUGCCUGGGGCUGCCAUCUUGAAUCUUCUUCCUGGCCUCUCCCCGACCUGCAAGGUUCUCCCCUCCUGAGUUGACUGUGUACAUUCUAGCAAAAGAGAAGCUGGAGUUCUAGAAGAGCAGAGCCAACCAUCCAGGGCCUUCCGUGCCCCUCCCCCAGCUCCCCAUGACAAGGCAUUGGGACCACGGACCCACGUAUUCAGCUGCCCAGGCUCUAGGCUCUUCAGGGCUGUGUAAGCGAGGCUUCCUUGGAUGUUCAAAGGCACCAGCAACCUGCAGGGGAGAAGCAAGCUCCCUUCUUGAAAGGAAAGAGGGGCGUCCAGCCAAGGAGGCCCUGGCUGCUGAGGCCCAGGCAGGCCAGUGAGAACGAAGGAGCUCUGUUCUGGUGCCUGGGAGACAGACAGAAGGAAGCUGCCUGCCUCAGCCGGCAGGAGGUGCUAGAGGUGGCUAUGAAAGACUAGCAGCUGCGGGUAGCUUUCUGGAACCAAAGAGGGGCCGGAUUUUCUUUUGGACACUGGAGCAGCAUGUGGGAAGGAAGCAUCUCCCCAGAGAGCUAGAGUGAGCGGCCUAGCCCUUGAGCCCAAGUGGGUCCUGGUCCAAGGAUCCCUCUGGAGAGCUGCAGCCUAGUGGGCUCCACCACAGCCCCUGACCCUGGACCCGGCCCGUGCCCACCCUGGCCCACUGUGUGGCUGGGCCUUGUGCCUGAGCUGUGCCUGUCCCGUGGGUUGGCUGGGCACAAGCGAUGUGGUCGCCUUUUGUUUUAUUAUUUCUUUUUCCAAUAAAAGGACUUUCCCAGCUUGAGGCUC